AUGUGUGUAUCUAAAUCAAUGAUGAGGGUAUCGGAACCAAUACUGGACAUGGAGAUGGCAAAUUACAGUGAAGUUUUGGACCCAACUUAUACAACUUUGGAGUUUGAAACUAUGCAGAUUCUGUAUAAUUCAAAUGAUAGUUCUGUCCCAGAGACAACAAGUAUGAAUACCACAGAUAACGGUGUCAACUGUCUAUGUGCUAUAUGUGGGGACAGAGCGACAGGAAAGCACUAUGGCGCCUCCAGCUGUGAUGGGUGCAAGGGCUUCUUCAGACGCAGCAUCCGCAAGAGUCACGUUUAUUCCUGCAGGUUCAGUCGGCAAUGUGUUGUUGACAAAGACAAAAGGAAUCAAUGUAGAUACUGUCGAUUAAGAAAGUGCUUUAGAGCAGGAAUGAAAAAAGAAGCUGUGCAAAACGAACGUGAUAGAAUAAGCACGAGAAGAAGCACAUUUGAUGGCAGCAACAUCCCCUCCAUUAACACACUGGCACAAGCAGAAGUUCGGUCUCGCCAGAUCUCAGUCUCAAGCCCUGGUGCGAGCACUGACAUAAAUAUUAAGAAAAUUGCCAGUAUUGGUGAUGUCUGUGAAUCCAUGAAACAGCAGCUCUUAGUCUUGGUGGAAUGGGCUAAAUAUAUUCCUGCCUUUUGUGAGUUACCACUGGAUGAUCAGGUGGCACUGUUGAGAGCUCACGCAGGGGAACAUUUACUGCUUGGAGCUACAAAGAGAUCCAUGGUGUAUAAAGAUAUUUUGCUUUUGGGAAACAAUUACAUUAUUCACCGCAACAGCUGUGAAGUUGAGAUUAGCCGUGUGGCCAACCGGGUUCUAGAUGAGCUGGUCCGACCCUUUCAAGAAAUUCAGAUCGAUGACAAUGAAUAUGCUUGUUUGAAGGCAAUUGUAUUUUUUGAUCCAGACGCAAAGGGGCUAAGUGAUCCAGUAAAGAUUAAGAACAUGCGGUUCCAAGUGCAGCUGAGUUUGGAGGACUACAUCAACGACCGGCAGUACGACUCCCGGGGCAGGUUUGGGGAGCUUCUCUUGCUCCUGCCCACGCUGCAGAGCAUCACCUGGCAAAUGAUUGAGCAAAUACAAUUCGUUAAACUUUUUGGGAUGGUUAAAAUCGACAACUUACUUCAGGAGAUGCUACUGGGUGGUGCUUCCAGUGAGGCUAACCAUCUCCAUCAUCCAAUGCACCCACAUUUAUCUCAAGAUCCAUUAACUGGACAAACUAUACUUUUGGGUCCAAUGUCAACACUGGUUCAUACAGACCAGAUCUCAACUCCAGAAACCCCACUUCCUUCCCCACCUCAAGGCUCUGGACAAGAACCGUACAAAAUAGUUGCAAAUCAAGCUUCAGUCAUUUCACACCAGCCUCUCUCCAAACAGAAGCAAUUGUGA